AUGGAGAAAAUUAAAAUUCCCAAGGUUGAGGGGGUUCAGGCGCUCAGCAACGGCGGGCAGCAAUUCAAAGGCACACUUCAUUUGACGAACCACCACCUCAUAUACUCUUGCAAACGGAUAAAUCUGAAAGAAGGGGACCCUUUGGCGCAAAAGACGAGCGAGUUUUGGAUUACAUAUCAUAUUAUUUCACGCUGCACCUUCCGUCCAACCGCUCCCGGUUCCGCCAUUCCCUCCAACAUUCGCAUACGGGGCCGAGACUUUAGUUCUAUUACUUUCAACUUUUAUGAUCCCGUCCAGGCCAAGGACGUGUUUGAAAGCAUCAAAGGACUUACUUGUCGACUAAAACGGAUCAACAAACUCUAUGCCUAUCGUUACAAGGGCAACCCGAAAGAAGACCCGAUCAAGGGGUGGGAGAUAUAUGAUGCGAGGGCGGAGUGGAAGAGACAAGGGAUCAGCGAGAAGGGCAUUGAUCAGGGUUGGAGGAUCUCGACCAUAAAUUCAGACUAUGUGUUUUCACCGACAUACCCGGCUUUACUUGUGGUGCCUACCAGCAUAUCAGACAAUGUUCUCAACUACGCUGCGAAAUUCCGGUCAAAAUCACGCAUACCAGCUUUAACAUACCUACACCCAGUCAAUAACUGCUCCAUUACACGGAGCGCACAACCAGGCGUUGGUAUUCGCUCAGCCAGAAGCGUUCAAGAUGAGAAGCUUGUGGGCGCCUGUUUUUCAGCCUCUGAUAACCUUUCAACUGGUUCGACACCGGAGAAACGGUCUAGCCCAACUGCGAGCCAACUCGACAUUGUUGAAAUAAGUAAUGAAGAUGCCAACAUGGCUGAGACAGAUAUAGAGAAGUUGGAAGACAUAAUGAUUGCUACCGCGGACGACGACGGAGAUCAGCCGCGUAUCUACGGCGCGCAGCGCCGCAACCUCAUUGUUGACGCACGCCCAACAGUGAAUGCUUUAGCCCAGCAUGCCGCAGGGUUUGGCUCUGAAAAUAUGGACAAUUAUAAGUUUGCGACGAAGGCGUAUCUUGGAAUUGACAACAUCCACGUUAUGCGGAAUUCGUUACGGAAGGUUGUGGAAGCUCUUAAAGAUGGCGACCUGACACCGUUACCGCCGAAUCGCGAGCUCCUUGCCAAGAGUAACUGGCUCAAGCACAUUGCCAACAUAUUGGACGGCUCUUCACUCAUUGCUAGACAGGUUGGCAUCCAUCACUCGCAUGUCUUGAUCCACUGUUCCGAUGGAUGGGAUAGAACCAGCCAACUUAGCGCCUUGUCACAAAUAAUGCUGGAUCCAUACUAUCGCACUUUAGAUGGUUUUAUAGUAUUGAUAGAGAAGGACUGGCUGGCGUUUGGGCAUAUGUUUCAACAUAGAAAUGGAUAUCUCAGCUCUGACAAGUGGUUUACGACCGAAUACGACGGUCUUGCAGGCUCUUCUGUCCAACCAGGAUUGAAUGAUGCGCCACGGAAUGAGACAAUUGAGAAUGCCCUGGCGAAAACCAAGAGAUUUUUCACGAAGAGAACCCCCACCGAUGAGGUUGAUUCGGAUGGUGAGCCAAUAUAUGAAGAGACGUCUGGUUUGUUCCGUGCGCCCGCGAAAGGUACCCCUGAGGAAGAGGAGGCAACUAAAGAGAACGAAACGAGUCCUGUAUUUCAUCAGUUUCUUGAUGCAGUGUACCAACUUUUAAGGCAACACCCGAAGCGUUUUGAGUUCAACCGACACUUCCUGAGGCGCCUCCUCUACCAUACAUACUCUUGCCAGUACGGUACAUUUCUGCACAACAAUGAAAAGGCCCGCCUGGACUCGCAGGUCUCUAAACUGACCAGAAGUGUAUGGGACUACAUUCUAGCGGACCGUGCCAAAUUUUUAAAUCCUGAUUGGGACGGCGGCGUGCUGAACGACAAUGUUAGGGGUAAAGAGCGUUUAUUAUUUCCUCGUCUUGAGGAGGUGAAAUGGUGGUUCGAGCUUUUUGGCAAAACAGACGAAGAGAUGAAUGGGCCAAGCAUUCCCCCUGUAGGGCAGUUUCACCAGAAAUCUGCAUCCCGAGACGCCAGUACGGGGGUCUUGACCGAGGUUGAGACGGCGAAUUCAGACGUGGUUAGUGGCGAUCUGAAACCGGACACUGCCGUUAAUGCGAGUCCGAGGCAACUCAAUAGCGGCAACGCAGUUGGACUUUCUGGCCUUCGAAGCACGAUAUCAAACCUAAGCAUUGGGGGUAUAGCGCAAUCACAGGGGGGAUCAGGAACGAGAACCCCAGCUUCACGGAAACCGGAGGAAUCGGAGGUUGAGAUGCAAUGA